GUAAAUAUAGGACAACCUGACCCCCUAGACCCCAGAAAACACGGAUCCCCGGUGAUUCGGCCCCGGCCGCGGUCAUCCUUGGUGAUACGGAGGAUCAACCAAGCGAACGGAUAGCUGCGUCGUCUUGAUGUCUUGGUUUGCAUCUGAUGUGCUUGUGUCCCGAGGGCAGGCGAAGUUUGCGUUGAUAGGGUUGCACGGCAGUUGCAUCUGCUGGUGCAUAGCUUUCCUUUUUUUUUCUUCUUCUUCUUCUUCUUCUUCUUCUCUUUCUCUUUCUCUCUCUUUCUCUAUGGGGAAGUUUUAUGGGGAGGGCUUCAACGCCAAUGUGUUACAACGGGGAAGUAUGGGUCGAUAACAUGUUCCUCCACCCAUGGUACAUGUUGGAGAAGACCUCGGACCUGAAAUCCGGACGUGAGAAAAUGAAAUCAAUAAAACCAC